UCACUGGUAGUGCUCGUCGCCCCCUCCCUCGUUGUGCUCGUUGCUGUACCCCCCUCCCCGCCCCCCACGGCCCCUCCCGCGACCCCGCCCUCGCCCGCGGAACCCGCGACCACGACCGCGACCGCGGCCUCUGCACACACACACACACACACACACACACAGACAUUCCCACAGACAUCGGCAGUGGAUGUGUGUGAUGUUCGCUGCCUGCCUGUCUGUCUGUCUGUGUGCCUGUGUGAUCAUGACUGACUGACCUUCCGCGCGUCAUGCCCCCGUUGGGUACGCCGUUUGGCAUGUGUCCGCCCUCGUCGCCGCCGUUGAGGAGCUCCCCCUCGUCAUGGUGCUCGCCAGCCGGUGGGGGGCCGCGGUCGCCACGAGGACCACCACGACCUCUCCCUCGGCCUCUGCCGCGGCCACGACCUGACCGCCAACCACCACACCACACACAGACACUCGUGUGUGCAAUACAGACAGUCAGGUCUACACAACAUACGUGGGGGGUUCGACGCCCUGGCGAAGUCCAUGGGCGUGAGCUCCUCGUCGGUGUCCUUGGGCAGCUGGUAGCCCGGCUCGUCCUUGUCGAAGACGUCGUCGAGCGACAGGGCGAUCUCCACAUAGGUCACGUGCCGCGUGUGGUAGACCGUGUCAAGGCCCUCCUCCAGCGGCGCGUACUCCUCCGUGAUGGGCGUCAGACCGCACUUGGUCAGCUGGUGCAAACCUGCAGCCGAACCAACACCACACACACACACGCGUGUGAGAGCCGUUCCCGCCUCUUGUGUCUGUUGCGUACCCUUGACGCGCGACUUGCAGACCUCGGCGAGCAUAACGGCACGGUCGAUGGCAUUCCCUGAACGAGCAUCCACACACACACACACACCCAACACCGCCAUGACCUGAAGCGUAUGCACAUCUCUCUCCGCCGCGCUGCCUACCGGUGGCCUUGAUGGUGAUCUGCUUCUUGUCCUGCUCCUCAAACAGUUUGAACGCGUACCUGCACCCACACCACACACACAGACAGACAGACAGAUCACACACACCUGUCCGUCGUGACUCGUGUGUGUCGUGAGGCAGUGCACGCGCGCACGAUGCAUAGUUCUGGAGCCUGCCCGCGUUGGCGAUGCGGAUCUCGUCCUCGGGAGUCUCCUCUCUCGGCUUGCUGAUCUUGCGGUACUUCUCCAUCACACCAAACGAUGACAGAUGGACAGAUCAGCGACGCCGCCGACGAGAGGGCACAGCUGGCCACACAGUGAGAGCAAAACUGGGGGUGGUUGGAGGAAGUUGUUUU